AUGAAGGGUAUCGAAGCUAUCAAUGGCGAGACCGUCGUGUGGAAGAAACACGCUGGAUCUUUCUCAGAGACAGAUCUGGCAGAAGUCGUUCAGAGGACUGGAAUCAAGAAACUUGUUCUUACGGGAUACAUGGCACAUGGUUGUGUGUCGAGUACUGCUCGCGAGGCGACUACUUUGGGGUACGAGACUCUUGUUGUGGAAGACGGUGUUGGGCAGCGCGAUAUGAAAGAUAUUCCAGCUGUGCAGGUUAAGAAGGUUGCUUUGACGGAGAUUGAUGAUAUGUUUGGUACGGUUGUGAAGUCGUCGGAUAUUGAUUAA